AGUGUCGUUAUACGCGCCACUCAUGAACUAGCGGUUUGGCGGACUCGGUCAAGUUAUGCAGGACCCUACGUUGCAGUUUUUGCGUACUUUAGUUACUCAUGGAGAAAACAAGUACUGUUUUGAUUGUCAUCAAAGAGGCCCGACGUACAUAAACAUCACAAUUGGUUCCUUUGUUUGUACAACAUGCAGUGGUGCUCUGAGAAAAUAUAACCACAGAGUGAAAUCAAUUUCAAUGUCAAAUUUCUCCCAAUCAGAGAUUGACUUCCUUUGCACUCGUGGAAACAAGGCAUGCCGAAAAAUAUAUUUGGCUCUUAGCGAAGACCAAACCAUGACUGAGAAAGACUUGAAAGAUGGAGCUUUAGAUAAUUAUUUAAGACAGAAGUACCAGCUACAAAAAUGGUAUCGCGAACCAACGUCACAGAUAGAAUCUGAAGCUUUGAAAGAAAAUCGAGAACUUCUUGAGCAGUCAGAGAAAAACAUGAAUCAGAAAGGCCAACGUAAUACAUGUGGUAAUGCAGCUGCUGGACUUAUUGUUCUGCCUACUCGUUCAAGUACUAAUCUUCCUUCCCAAAGCAAUCUAACCAGCGGGACAACACAAGUUAGUAAUGUCAAUGGAGACAGCUUGAUACCACAACAAUCUGUCACGAAUCAUUUCACCUUUAGUCAAAAACAGGAUGCAUUUAACAAAGCGACCGCUGAUCCAUUCGCUUCUUUUUCCACUUCAACUUCUUCCUCUUCAAAUACUAUUGCUGUUACCACCACUACCACAACAACAACAACUACUACUACGAAGUCUGAUCUCUUCGCGAAUUUCUGUCCUGAUGUCCUUACUUCUAUAAAUAAUUCAACAGUUAAAUCAUUCCCUUCUAACAUAAAUCCUACUAUAUCGAAUAUUUUCUCAAGUUCAUCGAUAAAUACAAUGUCUAGUUUCCCUGGUCCAAGUGGUGGAGAUAAGUAUGCCGCACUUGCAGAAUUGGAUGGUUUAUUUAAAAAUACCGGACUUAAAUCAAUGAAUCCAGAAAUAAUGGAAAAAGGUACAAAUGAUAUUACAUUACCUAAAACCAAUGUGUCUAGUGUAUCAGCCAGUCAAUGGGUCACCCCAUUCUCACCUCAUAUUUCUUAUUCCAAUAAUCCUGUUGUCGAAACAACACAUGGAUGGUCUGCGAAUACAUCUUUCAAGGAUGGUUUACAAUCACUCAAUCCCUUUGCCAAUCCAACAAUUGGAGUUCUGAAUCCUCCAGCUUUUAACAGAUUCACUAAUCCAUUCACAAGUUAUCCCAUUAUGACAGUACCUUCAAGUAUCAAUCAGUUUCCUGAAACUUUGAGUCUAUCUAAUCCAGAAAGUAAAAACCCAUUCCUCUCAAAUGCCCAGCAGUCAUUUAAUGCAAAUCCAUUUUCUAACUUGGCGAACUCUACAUCUGCCCAUUAUCAUUCACAAGUAACUGCUAGUUCUUUUUCACCCACCAUGCACCCAGCUAAUAAUUUUCCUACAAAAAUGAAUAAUCCCGUGGUAAGUGAUUCAUAUUACGAAUAUGUCAUAUUUCAUCUAGGCAUUUUUGUGUUUAACACGUUAAAUCCGUUUUUAGUGCUAUUUGUGUACAUCAUACUAAUAUACUAUUUAUUUAUUUUAACACAUAGAUAUUGGUACAAAGAUGCACCAAAUACAUAUGCACCACACAAACCUCAUUUGAUAUGUGUGAGGGCUGUGAUACUGCCUGGGUGCCCAAACAGAAGCAGGUAGUUUUCUUAGGGGGCCACACUCGGAGCCUUCGAUAUGAAGGUCUGAUCCACAAGGCAGUGGAGCGUCGUAAGGAGAUGCAGUCCCAUGGAAGCCGGUGACCGAAAAUUGGUUCAUACGCCAUUUGUUCCUUCACGAUCCUGGAGCCCAUGUGCACUAUUGGUUUGGAAUCAGGGUUUUCCAACUCCCCUAGGUUGACCCUCCGUACGGAACACCAACUUAGUUAAAGCGCCAGACAUUCACUUUUCGUUCUCUUAAUUUUGUAAACAACACCCCUGGUGCGAGGUGGUGAGUAGGACUUCCCUGGCAGAGGCUAUAUACGCGUGGCCAUGUGAAAACAUUUGGAGAGGGAGAGCGGACUCUCCCCACUCUCGGCCGUACCAGGGCAUUUGGGGGCUAUACUAUCAUGUUAGCGGGACAUAGACUAGAUUAAAGCAUGCUCAAUGCAUGAUUGCUUUGGUGCACGCUGUUUGGCUGAUUCUUAUCCAAUCAGCACUAGUCGAUAGUUGGAGAAUACUCUGGAAUCUUCUUAUGUAAAAACUAUAAAUAUACUGACGUUUGUCCCUAUUGGCUUCUGACGUGCUUCUUACUUCCAUCUAACCUUGUUAUUUGGAAUAUAAUCUCUUCCUGUUCAACCGUGUUUUGAUUUGGGGACUUGUCGAGUGAAUCGGUGUCCGAGAAUACUAAGCAAUAGGAAUAGCUGGGUCAUUACCGUAAGAGAGAGAGUUAUAACAUAUCACGUCCAAACAAUUCAUACUAUUUACUAUUCCUAUUUACUGCUCAAGUCAUUUGCGUACUAGCCACAUGGUUUCAAGUUCAAACAAAUGUAUUAAAUGAUUCAGAGAAAUUUUGCCUAAGUAGUAUAUGGUAAUAUAUUCAUAAUAACUGGUCAUCAGAUAUCAGUUAACAUCAUAUUUAAAUCCUUAGUUGCUAAUGUAAUCGAAGCUUGUCCUCUAGCACUGAUUAGUUGAAAAUGGAUCAGUCAUCGUAUUUUAGUUUGACCCUGUCCAGAUCGUGGAAUAUUUACAACUCCCUAUAGUACUAACAAUGUGAUUAACGUGUAAUGAAAUAUUUACUAUUCAGCGUAAAAUUAAUAAUAGUUUUUUGUAAGUUACAUCAAAUUGAUAUUUCCUUUAUGAUUAUCUGUUUUAUAUAUAUUCUGUGUUGUUGUAUUUUGGGAACUUGAACUGAUGCAUAUUUGUGCCAGGCUCUCUAUUUUCAUUAUGAUUCGCUGUAGAUGGAAGACCAGUGAUAAAAUCGAUAAACCAAACUGUUAACAAUAGUAGUUGCUUACCCUUAAUAAAUUUGGCCUAGAUGUAAAUUUAGGAAGAUAGAGUAUACGACGAAGGUGAAUGAUAUUGCUUCUGAAAAUGUGUAAGCAGCUAACAUUUUCUGAUUCACUCUAUUCUAAAAUGAAUUUUUUUUCCCAAAAACACUGGAUUAUUGUUGACGAUCUUACUGAUCACAGCUUCUGCAUGGCAUCGAUUUUCGUAAGUGAUCACUUUCGCAUGUAUUUUUACUUUGUACUUCUUUCCCGACUCACAAAUAUCUCCUGUUCAAUAGUAGUAAACAACAUUCUGUGUGAAAGUUGUAUGUAAUAAUUAAAACAUUUUGAGAAAGAUUUUCACACUAAUAAUAAAUGUCUAUCAGUUAAAGUUGUGCUACUGAAAAUCGCUCUUUGUUUUAAAUGAGUAGAUAAUACGAAAAGAAAUUCUAAGUAUUUUGAGUUGUAAUCUCAUACCUUUUGUUAUGAUAUAAAUAAAAGAUAAGCAUUUCCAAAUGGGAGGAUUGUUUAGAAAAAUUAUUUCUUGUUCGUUCUGUAAUUUGCUGUGUUGUAUAAUAAACUUGUUCAACACUUCUAUUACGAUUAAACAUUUACUAUGUCCAGAAUUCUGAAUUCCUGUUUCCUUUUUUUUCUCUCAUUUUUUUUUGGUUUACAGAAUGGAGUAGUUGGACAACUUGGUCAUACUAGUGAUUCUACUACUCGUUAUCAAUUGUCCAAUUUCAAUCCUUUCUGAAUAGAUAGAAAGAGAAAAAUAUUACAAUGAUACCAUACUUUCUUUAUUGAAUAAUUUUGAUUUCAUUGUCGGUGAUAGAUGCUAUUCUCCUUUUUUAAAAAAAAUACUUAAUUUAAGACCCAUUAUGACAUUCGAAUAGUGUGUGUGUGUGUUUGUAGGGGAGAAGGAGUGAAGUAGUUUUCAGUGAUACAGCAUUUUAUUUUCUGUUUUCCUCUCAUUGUAUUUUUCCUCUUUAGUAGUAGUAGUAGUAGUAGUGUUCUUUAGAAAUUUAUCAAUUUCACUUAUUAUUGUUAUCUCAUUGUCAUCAACAUCGUCAUAAUCAUUAGCGGUUUCCGUUCAUUAUACACGUGUGUUCCUUCUUUCCCCGUUAAUUUCAUCGAUAAUAAUAAUAAUAAUAAUAAUAAUAAUAAAUCUCUGAAUAUAAUACGUCCAAAUCAGUUAUUUUAAUCAGCAUCAGUCAACUCAUAUUUCACUCUUUCAAUACAGUUGGAGUAUGUGAACCACUUCAACAAUGUAUGUGUGUGUGUGUUGAAUUUUGUAAAACUAUAAUUGCUUUUCUUUACAAGAAAGAAAAAUCUCAUUUCCUUUUUAGAUCAAUCUAUAUGACAAUCAUUGAGUAACAUUCCGAGAGAAUUAUUACAUAAUAUUCUUGUUGUAUUUUUUCAAUGUUGAAAAAGAUCCAAUUUAUAAUUUAUGACUAUUUCAGUAAUUCUCUCUAUCUCUGUCGAUCUGUGUAUGUAUGUAUGUAUGUAUGAAUCUUGAAAUGACCUAUCUCUAUAAUGCUGAGCUAAUUACCUCUUUCUCUCUUUUAAUCUAUUCAAUCUAUUUACAAAUUGACUUGAUAACACUAUUGCUUUGACUCCUUUUCAAAAUUUACAAACUCCUAGGCGUAUAUUGUAAUUCUUAACUGGAUUAUUAUCCUUUUGUUUUUAUUUUAAUGAUUAGUUUCUAUUUACUUUUUUUUCUUUUUUUUAAUGAGAGAUAUUUUUCUUGAGUUUAUUUUCCCGUCCACUUUCCCAAUGAUAUAAACAUUCAAUUUAGUCAUUUGUUAUAACAACUAAUCUUUUGUUUGUUUGUUAGACAAUUCUGAUUAACAAAAUCACAUAACUACAAAUACGAAACUAUUUGAAUUGGAUCUCUGUUGUAAAUGAGAAAAAGCAUACUAUACAUCUCAUUCAUUGGUGUGUGUGUGUGUUUGUGUUUAUAGCUCGUGUAAUAAAAGUGAGAUAAAUACAUUUCUUUUUGUGAAUGUCACUACUUAGUGUUUCCCAAUACAGAUCAUUACAGUGUGUACGGUACGCUAUAUGUUCUAGUCUAGCGUAUUUCUCUCAUAAUGAUGAUGAUGAUGAUAAUGUAUGUGUGUCUGUGUAUGCUGUUUAAUAUUCAUUUUGGAUGUUUUUACUUUCAUGAUCAGUUUUCUAGGUGUCUAAUGUGUAGGUAUGCUUUACCUUGCAAUCUGAUUCUUAUCAUUAUUGGUUAAUGUAAUUAAUUCACUUGACUAUUGUUAAAUUAUUCACCUUUUUUUCUCUGGUAAAAAAGCGUUAAUUUUUUAUGUAUGCUAAUUAGACCCCGUCAUUAUUGUAUUAUAUAUGUGGAGCAUGUCAGUGCGUAUUCAUCUGCCGUCAACAUUUAACUCAUUCCUCUCUCUCCAUAUAUACAUAUAUUCACUACAUCACACUACAGAUUCUCCGAUCAUUAUUAUUAUCAUUACUAUUCACAUUGUUAGCAGUAUUAUCAUAACAACUUAUCGAUAAUAAAAUUGAAUCGAAUAAAUUGUGUCCAAAUCGUAGUCUCAAUUGAAAACAGAAAUAUAUUUUAGUUUUUAUGUCUGAUCGUUUGUGUGUAUAGGUUCGUUUCUAAUCAUAUAUAUAUAUGCUAUGUGUACGCGCGCUAACUUUUCGCAUUCCUUAUGGUCGAAUUCCUGUGUUGUUUUUUUAAUAUCUUAAAUUUACUUUUUAUUUCCGAUUUCAUUAGACUGGUUAAUGAUAAAAAUAACCAUAGCCAUAUGUAACACAUUAUU